AUGGCUGGAAGCCCUCACGAGGCUGUGUGGAUCACGUUCCCUGUGUAUGUGCAGACCUGGGAAUAUACAUCCCCAGACUGCCUCAUUGGGACUGAAUAUGAUGGCAGGGAGUAUAGGUACUGCAGAGCAAGAGCCACUCCACAUUGCUGGCUGUGCAAUGCCGAUGGUCAGAUGAUGAAAAGGCAGAACAAGUCCCAAAGGCGCCGGAAGGUCAGCAAGCGGGCAGGUGCCCAGUGCUCCAACUGCCAGACAACCAUCACGUCAGUGUGGCGGCUGAAUGCCAAUAGAGACCCCGUGUGCAAUGCCUGCGGCAUUUACUACAAGCGACACCAGGUGAACCGGCCACUGACCAUGCGGACCGAUGUCAUAAAGACUAGAAAACCCAGGGCAUCACAGAAACAAAAGAAGCCAGUGUCGAGUCUGGCAGGCACAGGACCAGCUGAUGCUCCGGCUGGUGGCUUCAUGGUGGUGGCUGGGGGCAGCGAUGGUGGGAAUUGUGGGGAAGUGGCCUCAGGCUUGACACUGGGCCCACCUGGUACUGCCCAUCUCUACCAAGGCCCCGGCCCCGAGGUGCUAUCAGGGCCUGUCAGCCACCUCAUGCCUUUCCCCGGGCCCCUGUUGGGUUUGCCCACAGGCUCCUUCCCCACAGGCCCCAUGCCUCCCACCAGCACUGUGGAGGCGCCACUCAGCUCAUGAGGACACAGAGCAUGGCCUCAGAGCAGGGGUGGGGUCCCUCUCCGCGUGGAGCCAGAAGUUUCUACAACCCAACCCUCUGGGCCCCCCAUACCCCUUGGUCUGGACCAUCAACUAUUCGUAAAAUAAAGUACCAAAGUCCUGAAGUUGGAGGUGUUAGUCUGAGUGGGACUGAAUAAAGAGCCGGGGUAGGUGGGGUGUGCAACAGUGCCUGUGGUUCUCUAGUGAUGGCGUGAGGCUGUGUGAGAGCACGUGUGACCCUUC